CAGACAUCCACCCUGUGUCCCGCCGCAGCCCACACACCCUACACACGCCACCCUCGCCGCCGCAUCCACUCACACGCCUCACACACCCUCCCGCUAUCACAAUCCGGAGACACUACACACGCACGAGGAGUCUAGAAACCUGAGGGAGGCGCUGACGAACUCAGGAACCCGAAGCCGAAGUCAGGGUCACGAGGGGAGUCCGGACGCGAGUAGGAGUUGUGGCUGUCAGGUCUUGUCACACUGAGACGCUCUUCGGAGGCAGUAGGAACGGUGGCAGAGUAGUACAACAGUAGCAGCUGAACCACCCAAGCGACCUGCAACCAUCCACCCAAACCAACAGCAACAACAACUAGAACCACCACAACCAUCACUAGACCAUCCAUCCUCCCUCACCAUUACCACCACUACCACCACCACCACCACCACCUGCACCACCCCAUUAAAGGCAGGCGUUAAGCGCGUGGAAAGCCAGACACGGUACACAAGACCUGGUGGAACAUAACUAGGGUACCCUUGCCAGUUCCCUGAGUUUCUCCCCCUUCACCGCCCUCUCCACCAGUGCCCGCCCUCACGCCCCUCGCCCCUCCCUCCACCACCACCAUACUUGGAUCCAUCUGUGAGUGCAGCCCACCUGAAGCCGGCAAAAUUUCAUUCUCCAGCUUCAAAGCCUCUUUCUCAAGCAAUGUUAACUAUCUCAAGAGAAGGUUCUCUUCUGGGGAUCUCUCGGCAGAGUGUGACGAUGAAGAGGCGAGUCUACGGAAACAAGAAAUUAUUACCCAACAGGUAUGAAUGCAAACAGGUGAGCAGCAACAGCAGCGGCGUGGGCGGGAGCGUGGGCGGGACUACCUAUGGUUCCAGCGACACCACCACGCCCGCGCCCUCCUCGGGGUCCACGGGCGGGGGAGGGUUCAGUCUCAACUUUUCAAGACCCGGAUCCCGCACCACGUCCGCUCCCUCCUCCCCCUCCAAGACCAGGGAGAGCUUCCUUCAGCGCGUGUCCUCCCUGACGGGCGCGGUGCGGAGCGAGGUCACAGCCCAGGUCAGGCCGGCGUACAACAAGGACCGCUGCUUUACUCUCCUCGUUAUAGAUGACCAAAACACAGACUGGUCAAAGUACUUCAGGGGCAAGCGCAUCCACGGGGACUGGGACAUCAGGGUGGAACAGGCUGAGUUCAGGGAGCUGAGCGUGACGGCUACAUCAGACAGCGGCGUGAACGUGUCCAUGGUCGUGUACAGGAACGGCGCCAAGGUGGUCAGAUCCUUCAAGCCGGACUUCGUGCUGAUCCGCCAGAACCUGAGGGAUGCCGGGGAGGACUACAAGAACAUCCUACUGGCACUUAAAUUUGGCGGGGUUCCCUCAAUCAACAACAUCAAUGCUAUUUACAAUUUCCAGGACAAGCCGUGGGUGUUCGCUCACAUGAUGGAAAUACAGAAGCGGCUCGGUAAAGAUAACUUCCCAUUAAUAGAACAGAGCUACUUCCCAAACCACAAGGAAAUGCUGUCUGCGCCCCGGUACCCCUGCGUGUUUAAGAUCGGCCAUGCUCACGGAGGUCUGGGCAAGAUACGAGUGGAGAGCAAUGCAGACUUCCAGGACAUGGCAAGCGUGGUGGCCGUGGCGAACACCUAUUGCACCACGGAACCUUAUGUGGAUGCCAAGUAUGACGUGCAUAUACAGAAAAUUGGAGCUAUGUAUAAGUGCUUCCAGAGAAAGUCGAUAUCCGGGAACUGGAAGACGAACACGGGAUCUGCCAUGCUGGAACAGACGGCCAUGACGGAGCGGUACAAGCUGUGGGUGGACGAGGUGUCAUCUCUGUUCGGGGGCCUGGACAUCUGUGCCAUCGAAGCCAUAGUGGACAAGGCGGGUAACGAGCACAUCAUUGAAGUCAACGACUCCGCCCUGACGCUCAUGGGAGACUCGCAGGAGGACGACAGGAGGUACAUCGCAGAGCUGGUGGCCAUUAAAAUGCAGGACAACUGCUUCCCCCAGGGGGCGACGCGGCCGGCGGAACUCACCAGGGGCGCCUCCCGUCAAUCCCUCAGCGGCCCGCAAACUUCCAGGGGCGGCUCUCCUACUGAGGAGUCUUCCCGCCUUACCAUGGGAGAGACGCCAAUCCCCGGUGGGUCCCCGAGUCAACAGCGGCGGGAUUCCCAGGCCUCCCAGUCGAGCAGCAUGAGUGGCUUCAGCAGCGCCAGCGGUACGAGACGGCAGGUGGACGACAGCAGCCAGUCCUCCCAGCAGUCCGGGCAGCAGCAGCAGAAGGGAUCUCUGUUCGGCCGCCAAACCUCCGUAACUGCGUCGACGGAAGGUAGCGGGGUCUCAGGCGCAGUCCCAGGCACAGGCGGGCCCGACGACACCGAGGACACGAUGAAGAACCUGCGCAAGACCUUCGCUGGUAUCUUCGGCGACAUGUAAAGCCCCGGAGACUGGAGAGAUUCGCGGCCGGCAGCUACUUACAUACAUACAAACGAGUCUGGCUUGCGGUGCGCGUGCGUGCCAGCCUCCCGCAAUAAAACCCACUCAAAGUCUCGGGUCAAUGAGAAUGUGCAAGCAGCGAGUGCCCAGAUCUCCUCUUCCUCUUCAGUAAUCGUGAGAAGCUUAUGCUAAGAAAAAAAAACUAAAAACGCGACAAAAAAAAAAAAGGAAUUAUUUUCAUUCUACUCGUCUGUUGAAAUCUGCCUUAAAAGAACAAGAGCUCUAAACGAAAGUUACAUUACACAGACGCCCCUCAAGGCUGACACACCUAGAGACACAUACACACAUACCUUCUGUCUCCCCAUCAGUAUUCGUGACUGGGCUGGCUCUCACCUUCCUCACCACCUGUCCAACUACCCACACCUCUCCUCCUCUCCCAGGCUUCCUUCCUUGACCCAGUCCACUCCGUCAUUCCAGCCUUAUGAACCAAUCACAUAGAGGUCAUUGUUACUGUUGCCUCCCUCUCUGGUCACGAGGGGUCGCCCAGCCCUCGUGUGUUUUAUAUCGAGGCGAAUUCAGUUCCAUGGACGAAAAAGACAAAGCGAAGUGUGAUAUUUUUAUGGUACUUUUUUCCAUCAUAACCUUUUGCGUGAUCACGAGGCAUUUUUCUAUUAAUCUUUUUUUUAUAUACACACCUGCCCCGCCAACUGACUGUGUUUAUAUAUAUACAUAUAUGUUGUCUUUCGCGAGUGUUGCAGUCAGUCCCGUUUUUCUAUAAGGCAUCUAAGCACAGAAAGGGAAAACGAAAACAAGGUCAAUUCGGGGGAAACUACAGAAUAGCGACUAUUUUUUUUUUUUUUCUUACAAUAUCAAAAGGAGAGAAGGUGGAGUGAGUUUGGGACAGGAAGUGAGGAUGGAAGACAUGAACUGAGAAGGGGGUGGUGAAGAAUAAAGAUCGAUGAAUUAUAAAUACUUAGUUAGGCCAAAGCUUCUUAGCCUCAGCAGUAAGCAGUAGUGGUGCAGGCUUCUCCAGGGGUCCGCGAUACGAAGGGGAAAAAUGGGCAAUGAUUUACGAAGAUGGAAGGGGAAAAACACGGUAGAAUAUGCAGCCUUUAUUUUUUUCUCUCUCUGCCGUCAUUGGGGCGUAAACGAGUCUCUCCAACGAGGUUUUCAUGAGUCCAACGUGUUCAUUUUCAGUCCUGGGUUGCGCUUGAUCCCUCGCUACUACUUCGGCAGCCAAUCGGCUCUUAGGAUUUGGGGUCACGUGAUUUCAAGCGCCAAUCAGUGUACGAGUUGCCUCGGCUUUUGUUGCCCUUCCUCCUUCCAGACAUGUACUAGUGCGUAGUGACUUCAUUAGUAGAGUAAGUCAAAUGAAAACGAGGACUAGCAAAGAAGCAAUAAAUAUCACUAUUUUAGAAUCAUCCAAUUACCUUUUUGGGGGUUUAGGUCACGUGACUUCAAGGACCAAUGGAUGCAUAAUAACUAUACGUGUCAAAAAGGCAAAACGAAACUGAACACGAGGGGGGUUCAAAACAUACCACAAGCAAUUAUGGAAAAAGAAAAAAUAACAAAAAAAAUAUUAUAACAGCUGAUCUGAACCAACUGCUGCCGAAGGAAAGACGAGGACGAUUAACGUGGUGGGUGGCGAGGGACUAACAACCCAAACACUAAAGUCAACCAACCAAAGCAAACAAACCCCCCGAAAAAAAUGUUGUUAGCAAUAUCGCUCUGUGUUGUUUACUCUCUUGUGGGUGGACUUCUCUGGCUGUUUGUGCUGUGCGUGAGUCUUGAUGUGUUCGUUCGUCUUUUAUUGACCUAAAACUCGUGGUUGUCUUAAAAACAAUACCGUAAUACACUUUCUGACGUGUUUUGAUGGUACCGACGGUGGCGAUGCGCAGAUGACCCUUCCAGUGCGCACCCCGCCCCUUCCUUCUUCCCGAGACAGGUCAAGAGAGGUGAAGAUUGUCGGGGAUUCACUAGGAAGUUCGCUACUCUUUUUCAUUAAUUGUCUCUUCGGGGUUUCGCUACAACUCGUGCUAGUGUUCGAAGCUUCAUGAAUACAAGUUCUCGUCGGUUAAGUCUUUGAAGUUUUAAGUCACAGCAUAACACAUCGAACCCCGCUGGUCUUUAUAAUCUAAAGCUUUUCGAACUUCGGGCAAAGGGGAAAGAAAACACGAAGUAGAUAAAAUUAGGAAAGAUGAGGAAAACGUGGUGUUAUGACAAAGGAAGAAGAGAGAGAAGGAGAUAUACAUAUAUGAAUGAAACGAGAUGUAGAGUGAAAGGAAAGAGAACACAAGAUAUAGGGUGGAUGAUGAAAAGAAGGAAAGAUUAGAAAACGUAACAUUAUGACAAAGAAGAAAUGGAGGGAGAUGAGCAUAGAUGGAUUAAAUUAAAAGUGAAGGGAAGAUAUAUGGAGGAAUCACAGACUUCAGAACUUGCAAAAAAUGUAGAGAAAAGAAUGAGUUAGAAAAAUGCAAGAAAAGAAGGGGGAAUAUAAAGAAAGGUACGGAUUGCUAAAGCCACAAAAAAAAAAAAUAAUAAUAAUAAUUGGGAUGGAGACGAAAGUAGGAAUGAAGUUAACGAUCAAGAUAAUAAAGAACUGUACAUGACACAGAUAGAAAUGGAGAAAUAUAACUAAAAUAAAAAAAAGGCGAAAAUAAGAAAAAAGGAAGGAAUUACAUUAUCAAAUAAAAAAAAAGAUACAACAAUAAAGAAAGGAAGGAAUUACGCUAAGAAAAAAUAACGAAUUUAGAUAAAAAUGAAGAGAUAGCGUCAAGGAAAAAAAAGAGCUGGAAAAGAUAGUAAAGAAAGGAAAAGCCAAAACAACAAAAACAAUAUGAAAAAAAUAACAAAAAAUUAAGGUAAAGCCACACAAAAAAGGAAGAGAAUAAGAAACGGAAGAACAAAACAAAACAAAAAUAAAUAAAUAAAAUAAUAAUAAGUAAAUAAUAAAUAAAAAGAACGGGAAAAGCAAAAUAUAAGAAGUAUAGAUGAUAAAGAAACCAAUGGAGGAAUAGGAAAAUAAGAAACGGAGAGACAAAAAAUGACAAAAAUAUCAAUAAAAAAAUAAAUAAAUAACUGAAAAAAUAUAAACAAAAAAAUGGAGUUGACAGAGAAAGCACAGGAGGGACAACACCACAAAAGACACAAGAAGAAAGCCAAAGAAGAGAAAGAGAGCAAUGAGCGGGAAGGUAGCAGGAAGGCAGGGGCGCGGGUUGGACAUGGCAGGGGAUGUGAGUGUCUGCGCGCUGCCGUCGUCACUGUUACAACUGUUGUCCUCGUCAGGAGCAGCAGAUGCCUUGGUCCUAUAUCACUAAUUCCCUGUAUAUGUUCAGCAUGUGUAAUCACUUUUAAAACGAUAGAAACUCCAUUACGUAUAUUUAAAAGAGAAGAGAAAGACAAAACAAAAGGAGUAAAAAAUAUAUAUAUGAAUAUACAUACAUAACUCUAGUUGCUACUGAGUCUGUCUGUUACUCACUUUUUUUCCGUUGUUGUUUGUAAGUAAGUAAGUCAAGUAAAAUGUAAAGUAAAUAAGUGCGUUCUGUUGAUAGAUUUGUAUGAUGUUGUUGUGUUCUCCUGGCUUCUGCGGAGUGAGGCAAACUUCAGUUACGGCUUCUUUGUACUCUCUCUCUCUCUCUCUCUCUCUCUCUCUCUCUCUCUCUCUCUCUCUCUCUCUCUCUCUCUCUCUCUCUCUCUCUCAUCGUCCACAGGUCUUCCUCUCUCAUAGCUAGUUAGCCGACGUAGAAAUUGACGGAGAAAUUAAUGUUAAUCUAUACGGUUCACUUUCCUAUGCUGUUUCGAACCUCUCAUUCAGUCGUUCGGUGACAAACUCGAGGCUUCAGACAGCUCCUGGGGCCCUAUUCUCUCUCUCUCUCUCUCUCUCUCUCUCUGGGCCCUGAAGGACCCUGCAAGGACUCCGCAAGGGCCGGGAGCGACGCCAAAGGAUUUCAGGAGUAGAAGUCCCUGAGUCCUACGGCAAUAGCUCGGUGUGUAUGCGUGCGUGUGUGUGUGUGUGCGUGUUUGUGUGUGUGUGUGCGCGUGUGUGUGUGUGUGUGUGUGUGACUUCAAUUACCAUAUCCAUGUAAGGCCUUUUCUCCGUUUUGUUUUGUUCUUUUGUUCGUUCGUACGAUUCUAGUCCAUUACAGAAGAGAACAGCUGAUUGGCACUGCCAUAGAUACGUAGGUCAUUUCUGUGUCCGGGAUAACGCAGGGAACGAGGUACACUUCCAAUCCACGGCGCCACGAGGCAGAGAGUGCGUGGGCAGCGUGGCGGUGUUCUCCAGGCUCUCCCCCGGGGCCGCACAAGUCUCCGCGGUGGUCUGAGGCGUGUGUGUGGCGGAGGACCUGACCUGACCUGACCUAAAUUAACCUAACCUAACCUCACAUCACCUCUGAUCUAACCAGACCUAACCUAACAUAACAACGGAACCUCACCUCUGAUCUAACCCGACACAUCCUCACCUAAUCUGAUCUUGCCUAACUCAAUUUAACUUCAUCUCACCACACCUCAUCUAACCUUACUUAACCUAACCUCACCACUCCGUGAUCUAACCUAACCUAACCUAAAAUAUUCCAACUUAACCUAACCCUAGCUCACCUUCCCAAACCUAACUUAACCUAACCUAUCUUGAGAAAACCUCGUAAUGCUCUGAACAGGUUAGGUUAUUAGGUUAUUACUCUCUCUCUCUCUCUCUCUCUCUCUCUCUCUCUCUCUCUCUCUCUCUCUCUCUCUCUCUCUCUCUCUCUCUCUCUCUCUCUCUCUCAGGUCAGGCCAGGCAGCGCGAAGUAAGGUUAUGUCAGCUGCCACCUCGUUCCGAACACAUCUUGUUUCUUUGUUGUUGGUUUUGUACGUAUGUAUCAUUACUAUUACGUACUUCUCCUCCUUCUCCUCUUCCUCCUCCUUCUCCUCCUCCUCCUACUCCUACUCCUAUUCCUACUACUACAACACUUCCUGUCUUUAUUACUAUCUCGACUGCUUCCCUGCUACUGCUGCUGCCACUACUACUACUACUACUACUACUACUACUACUACUACUACUACUACUACUACUACUACUACUACUACCAUCGCCACCACUCCAGUUUUUAAGGACCUAGACUGUCUUGGAUGUGUUGUGUAAAUUCUCACAGUGGGUAGAUGUAGUUAAUUCUUGUUACAUUCCUCUCUGUACUAUUUUUUCCUCCCUCCUCCUCCUCCUCCUCCUUUGUAUUUUUCAUCAGUAACACCCCAGCUUCCCUCCCCCCACGGCACCUGCUAAACCUACCACGCCCCCAUUUCCCAUGAUUUCCUCACCCCUCCUCCAGGUCAGUUCUCCCCUAAAACGAUAAUAUCAGAAAAUUAAUUACGUUUUGCAAUAUUACAAGAUCAUUUUUUUUCUUUAUGGGUAAUUGUCAGGUUUUAUAAGUAGUGAUGUGGGUUUUCUAAGCGUCAUUCUUUUUUACAUUUCUGUCUGUUUUUGUCUAUUCUCUCUCUCUCUCUCUCUCUCUCUCUCUCUCUCUCUCUCUCUCUCUCUCUCUCUCUCUCUCUCUCUCUCUGUCUGUUUCUCUGUCUCUCUCUCUGCUCAGAUGGUGACGAAGACCUGGAGGCACUGAAGGGGUAUGCUGCCGUAACACCUCAACCGUAACAAAACUCGGAACGUAUGUGUACCGUAGCGAGAUAGUAACAUCUGAAACGUAUCAAAGCCAACAUCCGAACCGUAGAAAAAAAAAAAAAAAGUAACAUCUGAUCUAAUCCGUUACAAAACCAGUAACAUCUGAACCGUUACAAGACCUUAAACGUUAACAAAACUCGUAAACAUCUGAACCGUACGAAAUAAGACAAUUAACUUUUGAGCCGUAACCUAACCAACAAAACGAAUCACAUUAACUGAACGCCGUGAAAAAUCAAGUGAAAUUUUUAGUCUUUUUUUUUUUUCCUUUUCAAUCCAAGUCCAACUAUAAAUGUAUGUACAAAAAACAAAACAAACAAACAAGAAAAAAAAACUGCAAUACACCGAUAACAUAAAAGAAAACGGAGAUUUGGUGCGUGUAAGAAAAAAAAGUGUAAAAUCACAAAUAUUGAAGAAAAAGUAAAAAUAAAACAACAUAUUAUUGUAACAUGACCAAAACAAUACAUAGCAACAAACAAAGUAACAAAGCAAAACAAUACAGAGCAGGAAAAAGUGUUUAAACCCACAACACGAUCCACCACCCCUAAAUAAUGGGGGAAAAAAUAUACCUGAAAAAAAAAAAAUAAAUAAUAAUAAUAAUAAUGCUUAAAUCCCAACGUUUCCCUAAAGGAUUCUUCAUAUGUUGAAAAAAAUAAAAAAAUAAAUUAUAUGAAUGAAUAAGUGACAAAAAUAUCUAACCGGACACUACGAGUCGGCACUUCUAAACAACGAAAAAAAAAGUAACAUUCCCUUAAAAAAAAUGCGUAAAUAAAAAAAAAAAACAAUAACAAUGUAUACAGUCCAAAAUUACAACACUUUUUUUUUAAUUAGGAAGGAAAACAAAAAAGCUCUAAAAAAAAGCUCUAAGAAUUCCCAGAUCCCUAAAUAUCUUUGCUAGGAGUCAAAAUUUCCUUAAAUACUAAAAAGAAAAGAAAAAAAAACCCUGUUACAUUUCUAGACAAAAAUCCCUAAAAAUCCUGAAAUAUCCCUAAAAGAUUCUUAAAAAAUAUCUCAAAAUCCCUAAAAAAACUCCCUAAAAGAUCAUUGAAAUCCUUAGACACCCUUGCAGUAUGUAUAACGUCACCCUAAACACCAAACAAAAAAGAAAAUAAACGAAAAACAAGUACCCACUCCCAAAAAAGAAAAGAAAAAUCCUUCCCUGAAAAAUUUCCUUAAAAUCUUAGCCAUCUUUGCAGUGUGUCAAAUUUCCCUUAGUACUUAACACUGUACUAUCACUGUUACUUUGAGUGUGAAGGAGGAAAAGCAGUGUGGGCCUCGCGAGCUGGAGUGAGUGUGCCGCAAGGAAAACAGCGUCAGGUGAACGGCUAAGAUUCAAACGUAAACGAAACACUUGAAGGAAGGAAGAAAGAAAAAAAAUAAUGAGUGUAUGAUGUUUAUAUAUGAAGCACACACACACACACACACACACACACACAACACACACACACACACAUUGCUCAUAAAAAUCAUAAAAACUACACAUAAAAACAUAUUUCAAAGGGAAACAAAUCACGCACAUUGCAGUAAUAAGAUCAUAAAACAGAGGAAAAGAAAGCAAUAAUAUUAAAACAUAAACAAAAAAAAUAAAAUAGAAAGAAUGAAAAUUGAAAAAAAACAAGCAAAAAUACAAGAAAACACAAAGAGAGCAAUAAUAUUAAAGCAUAAAAAGACAAAAUAACAACAAAGAUGAGGAAAACAAGCAUAAGAUACAGGAAAACAACAAGAAAACACGUGAAAACUAAACCAACACGGAAAAAAAAAGAGGAAAAACACGUAACAAUACCAAGUCAGUUAUCCCCAACUAGUGCUAACCUUUCCACCUGGGCAGGAAAACAAAAAAACAAAAAAAAACAUCAAUUUAAGAAGCAUAAUACUGAGCAAAAAGAAGAUUAUAUCUCAACACACACACACACCUUUUCCUUCACCUGUCUACUUCCUUGAAUUUCACAUGAAGAUAAAUAAUGAAGCCAAGAUAAUGAUAAAUCUAAAAAAAAAAUAAAUAAACUAAUCUUCAAUAGUACUAGACACAUUCCCUUCCUUAUUUAUGCGGACAGAUUCUCAUUAUUAUUAUUAUUAUUAUUAUUAUUAUUAUUAUUAUUAUUAUUAUUAUUAUUAUUAUUAUUAUUAUUACUAUUACUUGCUACAGUGCUAGACCUUUUUGUACAUAGAUUGUCUCUCUCUGUCUCUCUCUCUCUCUGUUGUUGUACAUUUAUGUACAUAUUAUUAAUUGCCGUCACACACUAAAUCCUUAUCAUUAUCAUUAUUAUGUUUGCUUGACUAAGGAGUUUAAAGUAAAAAAAAUAAAUAGAUGACUAUAAGUAAAGGCCUCAGCGGCUGGCGUAGCGAGAGGCGAAGUUGUUUGUAAGGUUAAAACAAGAUGAUUAAAAAUUAUGUGUCGUCCAUAA